ACGUGCGGUUGCCGUUGUGAGGCAGCGGUCUUGAUCCGCGCACGUGAAGAACAAGAGAAAACCCACCAUUUUUUGCUUGGCCUCGACGACGAACAAUUUGGCCACAUCCGGUCUCAGAUUAUCGCCACGGAACCUGUUCCAGAUCUCCAUCGUGCCUAUGCAUUGGUUGUCCAAGAGGAACGCCAUAAAAGCAUUGUUCAAAGCCGCGAUGACCGCACGGACGCAGUCGCUUUUGCCAUGCAACGUUCUCCUUCGACUGUGAAUCGUGGCGACCCACCCCACUACUCAUGUACUCAUUGUGGCAAAGAUGGUCACUCGGUGGAUCGUUGCUACCAAAUCCACGGGUACCCCCCUGGGAAAGGCCGUGGCCACGGCAUCCCAUCGGGUCGCGGGGGUUGUGGCGGUGGCCGUACAACGCCAGGCGGUGGUGGCGCUACUGUGCGUGCGCCUGGCCGUGGGAGUGGAGCUGCGACAGGGGGAGCACAUGCGGUUACGAGUUCCAAUGCUUUGGGGCUCACACCUGAUCAGAUGACACGUCUACUUUCCAUGCUGGAUACUCCCUCUUCUGAGAAGGACGCCGGCAGUAGCGGAGACACCUCUUCCCGUGAGUGGCUUAUCGAUAGUGGUGCCUCUCAUCAUAUGACUG